AUGCCUACCGUCAUCUUGGGAGGCGGCAUCAUGGGCGCCUCCACCGCCUUCUACCUGAGCCAAACGCAGCCCACCGAGGAGAUCCACAUUGUUGAGUCCGCUGCGCAGCUGUUCAGCGCUGCAUCCGGCUACGGAGCCGGUUUCCUAGCCAGGGACUGGUUUGCCCCCGCUUUGGCGCCCCUCGGGGCUUUGUCGUUCGACCUUCAUGAGUCGCUGGCUGCGGAGUAUGGUGGCGCGAGGCAGUGGGGGUACAUGAAGGGGACGGCGAUGAGUCUGGCAUCUAGCGACGCGAGCAAGAAAGGCGGCGCUCGGGGUGACGACUGGCUGCGCGCUGGGACGAGUCGGGCUGAGACGUCGGCUGGGUCGACCGGACCGGUGCGCAUUGAGCAGCCGGGAUGGUUGACGAAGCAGCAGGGUAUGGUGGCGGAGAAGAUCAGCGAUGAGGGGACCGUUGCUCAGGUUGAUCCUUUGCGACUGUGCCGGUUUCUGCUGGCUGCGGCGACGGCGCGCGGAGCGAAACUCCACCAGCCGGCCAAGGCUACCUCUGUGAUUACGGAAAAUGGCACCAUUAGUGGUAUCAGGAUCGCUGGCCUUGAAUCGCAGACCGAGUAUACCAUCCCCUGCACCAACCUGGUUGUUUGCGCUGGGUCGUGGACGCCGCGUGUGUUCGAAGAAUUGUUCCCCUCCUCUCGCGUCUCUAUUUCGAUCAACCCUCUCGCAGGAUACUCGCUUGUUGUUCGCUCCCCCCGUUACAACCUGGAACACGAGCGGAAGCUACACGGCGGCCGCAGCCACGCCGUGUUCACCACCCACCCCGAGACCUGUGGCUUCAGCCCGGAGAUGUUCUCGCGAGAGGGCGGAGAGAUCUACAUCGCUGGGUUGAACAGCACCCAGAUCCCGCUGCCUGAGCGGGCAGAGGGCACGGCAGAAUACUUUGACCCGAAGGAGAUGGAGCGGCUGAAGAAGGUCGCAGUCCGUCUGAUGGGCAAGUUGGCGCAGGGUAGCGAUGCCGCUGAUGACCAGACGCCGACCAUCAACGACCUGGAGGUUAUCCGCGAGGGGUUGUGUUUCCGCCCCGCCGCCGCACGAGGCGUCCCUAUCGUUGCCCGCGUCGAGGACCGCCUGCUGGGCGGAGUGAAGACUGGGCCGCAGGGCGGCGUCUUCAUCGCCACGGGUCAUGGCCCGUGGGGUAUCUCGCUGUCUUUGGGAACCGGCAAAGUGGUGGCUGAUAUGGUCGCGGGAGCUCAGCCGACUGCGGACCUGCGGGGGCUGAAUGUGGAGAGUGAGCUUUCGCGACUAUGA